ACUGGUAUACUGAUAUACUGUGAUAUUUAUCCUAGGCCUAGGCAUAGUAUUUCGAUAAGCGAUAAAUUUACUGGUUUCAAAAAGACCUCCGCUUAAGCCAAGUUCCCUACCAUUAUUCAACAAAGUUUUCCACCUUUCACCUAAAACUGUACUGGUAUAUUGAUAUACUGUGGUAUUUAUUCUAAGGCCUAUAUAUAAUAUUUCGAACGCGGUCACACUGUUCUCAUAUUUGCUGUUUUCAAGACAAAUUUUUUAAUUCGGAACAAAGAAGCAAGUGACAACGAUAAGCGAUAAGGAUUCAAAGCUUUUUACAGCAUUAUUGAGUAUUAUUACUCUGCGCGCGGGUGCUAGUCGAGAAUAUUUGGCACAAGAUGCCAUUUAGACGUCGAUGCAAAUAAACUGCAGGCAAACACCUUGAGUGCAACGGGGCUGCAAGUGUGUGCGAGUGCGUGAAAGAGAGUGUGCAAGUGUGUGUGUAUACAUGUGGAUGAACGAAAAUAAAACAACGGACCGCUCCCCGCCGCCUCCCGCAAAGCUUGUCCCAAAUAGAAUACGGAGAACUGCAUCGCACUAAGUCCCCAACUAUCCCAUCCAUCUCCCCGCUCCGACCCGUCGCCACUCUCCGUUCUGUGCUCACCACUCUGCACUCCCCUCGGCCGCCGCCACCAGGAGCAACCACAACAACAACAACAACAACAAGACCGUCACUUCAUCCACCUCCAGGAGCAGCAGCAGCAGCAGGAAAAACAACAACAGCAACCACCAGCGCCCUUACAACAACUGUUACAAAAGAGCGAGGCGAGAGACACGACACUCCGCCCCGCAACCCCGUUUACAGCUCACUCACAUACGCACGCUCGCUGGCCCACAGACACACGAAACACACACACACACACACAGCCAGCAGCCACACAGCCUGGUGUCCUCGCCAGAAAUUCAAUCUCAAUCCGAAUCCCAAUCGCCAUCGCAAUCGAAGGCGUAAUUGUAGUCCGCGAAGAUGGACUCCGAUAUCGAAAUGGAACUGGAAUCGGACAACGAUGAUGACUACGACUACUACAACACAGGCGAGGACUGUGAUGUGGAACGCCUGGAUCCGAAGCGAGCCGAUCCCGAGUAUUUCGAGUACGAGUGCCUAACCGUAGAGGACAUCGAAAAGCUGCUCAACGAGCGCGUGGAAAUUCUAAACACCAUCCUGCAGAUCACGCCCUCGCUGGCCAAGGUGCUGCUGCUGGAGCACCAGUGGAACAAUCACAUUGUCGUAGAAAAGUACCGGCAGGACGCCAACGCGCUGCUGGUGACGGCGCGCAUCAAGCCUCCCACUGCGUCCGUUGCGGAUACCGCUUCCACAAGCGCUGCGGCGGCUACCGCUCAGCUCCUUCGGCUCGGCAGCAGCGGAUACAAGACAACGGCCUCGACGGCGCCACAGUACCGAAGUCAAAUGUGCCCCGUUUGCGCCAGCUCUCAGCUGGGUGACAAGUUCUAUAGCCUGGCCUGCGGCCAUUCGUUCUGCAAGGACUGCUGGACCAUCUACUUUGAGACGCAGAUCUUUCAGGGCAUCUCCACGCAAAUAGGAUGCAUGGCCCCGAUGUGCAAUGUACGGGUGCCGGAGGAUUUGGUGCUGACGCUCGUCACCCGGCCGGUAAUGCGCGACAAGUACCAGCAAUUCGCAUUCAAGGACUACGUGAAAUCACACCCGGAGCUGCGCUUCUGCCCCGGACCCAACUGCCAGAUCAUAGUGCAAUCAUCGGAGAUCUCCGCCAAACGUGCCAUAUGCAAGGUAUGCCACACGGGCUUCUGCUUCCGGUGCGGCAUGGACUACCAUGCGCCCACCGACUGUCAGGUGAUCAAGAAGUGGCUGACCAAGUGCGCCGACGACAGCGAAACGGCCAACUACAUAAGCGCCCACACCAAAGACUGCCCCAAGUGUCACAUCUGCAUCGAGAAGAACGGCGGCUGCAACCACAUGCAGUGCUUCAAUUGCAAACACGACUUUUGCUGGAUGUGCCUGGGCGACUGGAAGACGCACGGUUCCGAGUAUUACGAAUGCUCCCGCUACAAGGAUAACCCCAACAUUGCCAACGAGUCGGUGCACGUGCAGGCGCGCGAGGCGCUCAAGAAGUACCUGCACUACUACGAACGCUGGGAGAACCACUCCAAGUCGCUCAAGCUAGAGCAGCAGACGAUCGACCGGCUGCGCCAGCGCAUCAACUCCAAGGUAAUGAACGGCAGCGGCACCUGGAUCGACUGGCAGUAUCUCUUUAAUGCGGCGGCACUGCUGGCCAAGUGUCGAUACACCCUGCAAUACACCUAUCCGUACGCCUACUACAUGGAGGGCGGAUCACGGAAGAAUCUCUUCGAGUACCAGCAGGCGCAACUGGAGGCUGAGAUCGAGAACCUGUCGUGGAAGAUCGAGCGUGCCGAGACGACGGACCUGGGUGAUCUCGAGAAUCAAAUGGACAUCGCUGAGAAGCGUCGUACCACCCUACUCAAAGACUUCUUUCCAGUGGAUGCAUAGGCAAAACGAUACGCUUCCAGAACCACCAGGAUAGAAUAGAACAGAACGAAACCGACAGACAGAACAGAUAGCUUGUCCCGUUUAGCACAAAAAGAGACUGUUGAAGGGACGACGACGCGACAGUAUAGACGCUUAUUUAAAUUAAAUUAAAUUAUACAGAUAUUUACACACAUGUAUCCAUCUAGAGUUAGCCUAACGACGUGUAGCUAAUUUUUAAACUAAACUAAUAAUCAAGUGCAUAUAGAAUAGAGUACGUAGCGUAGAGCAUAGUCGACUACUUGAAGUAUAAUAUUUAUAGUUGUGACAUUCGAAAUCACUCAAAACGAUCGGUUAAACUGCAAUACCACGCCUUGCGCAGAACGUUAACGAUAGCGAUAGCAGUACUAUAACUAUAUGAAACUAGCUACAGACAAACCAGACGCAUUUCAGUGGCCAAGUGUUCCAACAGUUUUCCAAAAACUAAGCCCAAGCGACCCGACGAAGUGCAGAAUCAAUUCUAAAUUUAUAGCGCAGCAAGUCAAGCAAUUAUUAUAUAGAUCAAUGGCCGGCCGAUGGCCAGAGACCCUAAGUUUUAAAUCUCGUAUUAACCCAGAGCGAGGCUGAGAGCAGCAGCCGCGUUAACAGCAUCAAGUAUUCGUAAUCUGUAUCUCGUAACUAACCGCAGCACAUCAAUCGAACGCCAGGAGGAGUCUUGAAGUAUAACGAAACUAGAGGUACUCCCUGCCCUCUCCCCCACCCGUCCCGCAAACCCCUGUUCCUUUCGAUUCUCACUCAAUUCUCGAUUAACUUUGUAAGCUGAACCAUAAAUUAUAUUAUAGGAUUACGCUAUGUAUGUAUGCUUA